CUGAUUCGUCAUACAAAAAAACUCAAUUUUUACAUACAUAUAACGCGAGGAUAGCAGUAGUUUUUAAAUAUUAACCAACGCACUUAAUAUUAGUUAUAUAUACAUGGACUGCUGUGGAGGCGAGGUACGCAGCGAAAGCAUCUACAAUAUGUUGCAAGCCUUAGUCGACUCGAAAGUAAUUAACGUCCAGUUGUUUACUAUUGCUGUGGGCAUAUUCUUUGUUGUGCUGUUGCUGAAAAACAAUUUUCGAAGCUUCUCGGGCACAUAAGAGAAAAACAUGUUGAUACUGCCGAAUUUAGUCGCUAAUUAAUGUAAUAAUGUAAUGUAAUGUACACAAUUUAGCU